GCGGCCACACUGGGCGCCAUUUAAAAGUAGCGUCGCCUGUCCAGACAAAUUUAAAUUUUUUAAAAACUCUCAAAUCUUAAAAUAAUAUUGCUUGCCGUCGCAAUGCAGCGUUACAAGGAUUUAUACAAACAGCAAUCCCUUGCUCUGAGCCCUCGCAACUUCAAUGAGCAGAACCGGGAACUCCAGAAAGCGGCGCGUGCCAAACAACGCGAAGAUCGUUUUCAAAGCAACCGCAUUAUUAGCGUUAGUCCCACUCCCAUGAAGUCUGCGGCACCUACAUCUCCCUCGGAGGAGGCGCAGCCACGCCUUACCUAUGACGCUCCGCCGAAGGAGAACCAGAAACCAGAGCUGGCUUCGCCGCCGAAGAAACCCACCCGGCCAGAUUUUUACUUGAAGCGCUUUCUGGACUGGAGGGCGUCCAAGAAGGAACAAAUAAAGUGCGAGCAAAAUGCGCAUCGUGGCCAGCCGUUGAAAGCGGAAACAUUACAAAAUUCUAAAUUCACACACAAAUCCAGAACAUUUAAACCUCCGCCGAACCUCCAGCAAGAGCAGCAGGAUGCGCCAUCAUUCGUGCCGCCAAAAAGGCACUCAUUAUACGCGGUCAUAUAUAAAAGGCCUCCUACGAGCACUGCAAAGCCUAAUGCAACAACAUCGCGUCCUCCGGCAACCACAUCACGUCCGCAUUCUCAGGCCACUACAGUACAGCCUCAUCCAACCACAUCACGUCCGCAUUCUCAGGCCACUACAGUACAGCCUCAUCCAACCACAAUGCGCCCCAAGGCAGCGGCAACCACAGUACAAAUUCAGCCAACUACAGCGCGACCCCUGACUGCGGCAACCACUGUAAAGCCCCAUCCAACCAAAGUCAGGCACCAACCUGCGGCAACCACAGUCAAGCCACAUCCAACCACAACGCGCGCUUCGACUGCGGCAACCACACUAAAGCCCAAUCCAAAAACAGUAAAGCAUCAACCUGCGGCAGCCACAGUAAAGCCACAUCCAACCACAACGCGCCCUCAGCCAGUCGCUGUGAAGUCAACUAGAAAUCUGCAGCCAGCGACAGUGAAGCCUGCACCGUCACAUGCAUGGCCCUUGAAGCCUACAACAGCAACGAAGCCCAAGGCAGCAGCAUAUAUUGGCGUUGGCUCUGCUGAGAAUGGAGUUGUUCAAUUGCCAAAUCUGAGGACACAACCAUUUGAGAAGCCGGCCGUGAGCAAAGCCAUCACGGCGACUGGUCGCCGUGCCGAGAUUGUGAAGCCAAAGCCAAUUCGUGGAGGCGGUGGAGGAGCUGCGGGCAAGUUUAAGCCAAGUGCAGAGACAAAAGGAGGGGCUGCUGUGACAAGAAACAAGCCUGCCAGUCACUUUUCGACGAGAAUGAAGGCCAAGAGCAACACCAGCAAGUACGUGAAUCUUCAAAAGAAUGUGCGUAACCGGCCGGAUCUCAGGCUGGAGCUGAUUGAGGCUGCGACCCUUGAGUUGCCUCCCAAUACGCCACUGGAUGGAAGAACAAGUGGCCCAGCCCUGGCCACGUCCACGCAGUGCAAGUCAAGCAGUGCUCUGGACGACUUUGGUGACAUCACAAGCCUAAGUCCAGUGGCUCCACCGAGCAGCCACAAAGAUUCCGCGUCUGAGGAGCCGAAGGCCAAGCGAAAAUUUGAUUUUUCCCGAUACUCCAUAGUCGAGACGAAAGCGGAAGAUAGUUUGAUCAUGACUCCAUUUGCGGCCAAGGUUACAGAUGAUGCAGAUCCAGAAGAUGUUACUCUGAAGCCAGCUGAGGAAACAACGCCCCCACGCAGGGUGUCCGAUGGGAAGCCAAACUAUUUGAGUCCCUACGUGAGCGUUUCGCGCGGCAAAGUCAACUCUCGCUGUGAGCGGGAGAAGCGAAAUAGCAUGUACUUGCCCGGUGAGGAGACUCCUGUGGCCAUACGGAGAGCUCUCGAGUCGGUGCUCUAUUUUCGCCUACAGCUGAAGAACGAGAUUGAGCGACUGCGUGCCAUCUGCAGUGAGUGGGAAGGCUAUAGUAAGGAGAAUGAGGCGCAUCUGCUGGAUACGGGCGGCAUGGAUAUGAUCAAUGUGGCCAUUGGACAGACCAAUCUGCUCGCUACCAAGAAAAUGCUGCAGUUCAGCGGUCUGAUUGACCGCUGCGAGGCGGGAGCUACGGGCAAGAACCAUCGACCCUAUGACGGCAGCGAGGAGACGAAGCCCGUGCAGCCAGAGGAUCUGGAGGGGUGGUGGGACAUGCUGAGACUCCAGAGUGAAAAUGUCGACAAACGCUUUGACAACUUGAAGCGUUGGAAGCAGAACAAUUGGCAGGACCCCGAUGCAGUCGAGGAUGCCAAAAUACCAGCCAAGCCGGUGGCCAAACCAAAGGCCAAGCUGGGCAACAAUUUGAAAGCAAAGCCCAAGCCCAAGGCCAAGGCCAGUAGCAGCUUGAAGCAAUUCCUCCGCAGGGCCCAUGCUGAUAUGAAAAAGACCAAGAACGAUGAGGCAUCUGCAGAUACAGAUGCACAAUCCACUCCAUCUCGCAAGAGCCACCAGCGUUUGAUCGUAGUACGCGAUCGGCGCUCCUUCUCUCCCGCUCGCACCGUCCUGCGCAUGUCUGUCGGCGAGAGCCGUCCCUCCAUAGGGGGCAAUGCCUUGCUCAAGUCUGCCAUAUUGGCGGCUGCCGAACAAAACGCAAUGAAUCACACGCCACCUCCGAAUAAGGCACGCCAGUCGAUUCUGAAGACGCCAGGCACCAGCAGGCGCGAAAGCCGUGGCGUUAUUUUCAGUACAAAGAAAAAUGUUCGGCGUUUCAAAUUCACCAUCGACGAAGGCACUGUCAGCGACGAUGAGGCCGUCGGGGGCGACAAGCUAGAGGACUGCGAGGAGGACAUGUCGCUGGAGGCUUCAGGGGAAAGACGUUCCCUAGACCAUGGUCCAGCCGAAAAUCAGCAGCAAUCUGAGGAUGGCAACACUUCGCGCACGUACACGCUGCGCAAUCGCAGAGUGCGUCUUCGGCCCUCCACUGAGUUUAUGUAGUUUAUGUUUUAUUUAUUGUUUAAAGCUU